UUUAAUUAGGGAUAUCGCUUUAAAUGUGGGGAAAUCAACACUGUCAAUCUCACAGCAUAUUUCAACUCUUUCCGGUUGAAUUUUUGUUAGAUAAACAACCAAAAAAAUGGCCAAACGUACGAAAAAGGUUGGUAUUGUCGGUAAAUAUGGUACCCGGUAUGGUGCUUCACUGCGUAAAAUGGUUAAAAAAAUGGAAAUUACCCAACAUGGCAAAUACACUUGCUCCUUUUGUGGAAAGGAUGCCAUGAAGCGCGCCUGUGUUGGCAUAUGGUCUUGCAAACGUUGUAAACGUGUAGUGGCUGGCGGAGCUUGGGUAUAUUCUACUACCGCCGCGGCGUCAGUACGUUCAGCAGUGCGCCGCUUACGUGAAACUAAGGAAUCUUAAAAGUCACGGCUUACGUAGGUAGUCUCAGCUAAAUAGAUAUGUUAAUCAAAGAUAUGUUUGUGCUUUGGUCAUCUGAAUGUUUAUAAAGAAAAAUAAAAUAAAAAAAAAAGAAUAAAAAUAAAAAAAGUGGAGAACUGUUGCUGUUAUCAAUUGUGAACGGAGCACUCAUUCAAUGUGACUUCAGACAGAUAGACUGACAAAUAAGCCUGUAACACUGAAGAUGAUUUCGAUAUGAUCCGAGAAUUUAUCGCAAGCACUCUUUAAUAGAUCCGGUGCCACAAGUGAUGUGACGUUCGUUUGAAUGCGACUAUCAUCAAGUUUAUUAAAACAGAUUUUUUAAAAUUGUGCAGAUAACCAGUACAAAAUACAAUAAUAAUAAAACUAAAAAGGGAAACUGUGGCUACAAGUGAAGAAGUUUGUUGCCCAUUACGCGAUAAGUAAAUGAAAUCUUUCAUCAUCGAAUAAAUCAUUUACAUGCGCCGUAGGAAUGGCUGGUAGUUGAACGCAUAUUUGGAAUUAGUUUAAUUCCAUAACAUUUUAGUAAAACCAACCUAAUGAGCGUAUUUAGAAAAGCAAGAGUUUCUUCUUCCCUAAAUAAGAAGUGACAAAGAUCGCACAUUUUUGACCAAAGCGAAGAAAUUUCAUUAUAUAUUUACAUAAAUCCUCCUAUUCCAAUUUUACUUCGGCAAAAAUGAUAUUUAAUAUGCCUUGAGGAAAUCUUUUUUGUUGUUUUUUGACACCAGCUAUUCUUGCUAUGUGAUAACAAAACGCACUCUUUUCCAAAAACUGAGACGAAAGAAGAGCUCUUUCGAAAUUUAUUCUUUUUAGAGAAAAAUUUUAUUUCAAUUUAUACUCUUAGGUAAUCUCAAAAAAAGUGCUUCAGUAAGCCAACAUUGCAUCUGUUGCGGUAACCGUUGUACUUGUUUGGAGCCAUGUAGUCCUUCUAUUGUUGCUUCCAAAUAUUGCUUCAACUAUCAAAAACAUAAAAUUCCCAGUGACUGACAUUUUGUUUGUUUUUUUUGUGUUUCAGGGAUCGAACUUUUCAAUUCGUUAUCGAAUGCACCUCUACAGUUAUCUACAAUCUGAUGAUAGCUGUAGAAUGCUUUUAAGUUAUAAUUAUUUUCAAUUCUUCACAUUUUCAACGACUUACUCUUCAUACCAUC